UCCAGGAGCUCACUCGCUAAGGAGGGCAAUCCCCAGGAAAAUCGACCAGACCGCACUGCGUUUAUGGGUGGCGGUGUGCUCAUCAGCCAAAAGCAGGUGACAAGGCAAAGCCUACAGGAGGCACCGAGAGCAGGCUUAGCCUAGUUCCUGGCUCAGGGGGAGUGCUCAAAGGAUGUCCUGUAUUGUCAUUGCUGUAUUACUGUAAGGACCUGUUUACAUACCCAUCGUCUUGAGCAGCCAGCGAGCUCCUUCCCAGCCUCGGCACAGUGCCUGGCAUAUAGAAUCAAAGAAAUGCAAGCAGAGCCCCUCACCCCCCGCUUGGCACCUUCUCUCUGUUGAUUGCCUCAGGAGAACACGGAAGACCCGGAUGGACCACAAUUUUGAGAUGCAGCAGCAUGGCUCCCUCAACCCCACAACCCCUCUCUCCCACAGCCACCUGCUGGGGCGCCCUGCCCGCCCCUCAAAGCUCUCUGGAGGAGUGUCUCCCCUCGUCCCUGUCCUCAGGAAAACCAUUCGUCUGGAUGCCUUUCCUCAAAGCCAUAUCCCACAGGCUUCCGGCCGACCAGGCCCUGGAGCCAGGGCCCGGACUGUGCCCCCACAGGAGACCGUGCCCCGGAAGCUCAGCUCCAUCUCCUUAACACUCCGGCAGAACAGCCAGGCAUGGCCCCUGAGUCCCCUACCUUCUCACUGGGAAGAGCUGCCCACCCCGGGCAAGGAGGCUGCCACCCAUGGAGGAGGGAGGCUGCUCAGCCCAGGCUCACGAUCUCUGACCCAAGUGCCUGGGGGCAGAGUCCACUCUGAGGGCCCAGGGAACCCAGGUCUGGCCAAACCCAGCAGGAUGCCCAUAGUGGAGAAGCCUCUGGUGAGUUCCUACCUGGCCCUACCAUUUCAAUCCCGGUUAGCCCAGAAAUCACCAGGUCCUGCAGGGCCAGGCUUGGUGGGUCAGAAGCAUCCUGUCCCAGGGACGGCCCAUGCGAUUACCAGAGCAUCUCCAGGAAGAGGCAAGCCCCGGGCCAGGGGUAUCCCGAGACCCCGGCUGCAUCUGCAAAGGGCCACCUCUACCAUGGGUUCUGCGACGACCAUGGAUUUGGCUACCCUGGACACAACCAGGCUAGGCACAGGCAGACGUUUAGGCACAACGGUCACCUACAGACCUAACUUGACUGUCCAUUCAGCUACACCAAACACAUCCGGACGGGAUCCAGGCAUGGAGUCGCCUGCUCUGGGCACCAAGCUGGAUGCAGCCGUGGACUUUGCUACAGCAGGCCCAACCGAGCCGAGCACAGUCAUGGAUUUGGUGACCCCAGAGCCAGACAAGCCGGGCAAAGCCAUAGCUACAGCAGGUCCAGCCAAGCCAGAUCCAACCACAGAAGGCACAGCCGUGGAUUUGGUGGCACCAGACCCAGUCAAGCUGGGCACAGCCGGGACACAUGGAGCCACGGCUCUGGCUAGAGCAAAUACAGCCCAGCUGGACAGAGCUCCAGAUUCUUUGGCUUUGGACACAAGCAAGCUGGGCACCACCAUGGGGGAGAUCACACUGGACAGAGUCAUUAACCUGACCAUAUCAGCCACCUACCCGCUGAGGCCAAGCAGAAACACAGCCCCAUCGUGGGUCCAUGCUACUGCAGAUGCUGCCAGAGACCGGCCCGCAGAGCCUGGCACACUGGACCGAGCCAGAGAAACCAAAGGUAAAUGCAAAGGGCUUGGCUGGGGAUGUACGGGGGUGUUGUGGGGGGUCAGAGUGCGUUGGCUUGGAGAUGAAUAGGUGGGGAAAAGGAGGUAGGACUGUAAGGUCAGGGGUGAAUGUGCUGAGGGAAAAGACAUGGAGACCAAGGCGUGGAACACAGGGGAGGCACCCUCAGCUGGGUCCUCCGGGCUGGUCAGAGGUGAGGUUGAGGGAAGUCACCAGAAGGGAAGUUUCCAGGGGUGACUUGUGCAGGGCCAUUGCGCUGAGUCCUUCCUUUAGCGUCUUCCAUGGUGGAGUAAUCAGGUGAUCUGGAGUAAUCAGGUGAUCUACAGGUGAGUCUAGCUUUCAAAGCGAA